AUGAUGGGAGAUCAAGAUUCCGAUCUUUCUCCUCCUCCGCCUACCUCCUCCACCACCAAUUCUUCCGGCAACAGCACCGCUCCUCCCACAAUACCUCAACAUCUCAAGUUUCUUGUUUCCAAUCUCAAGAACUUGGUUCCUUAUUCUCUCACGUCGGAUAACUACCCGAUUUGGAGAUUACAACUUCAGCAACAGUUCACGGCCAACGGCUUCGCCGGCCAUCUUCUUGGCACAACGGCGGCUCCCGGCGACACUUCCUCCGUCGAUCACACCAACUGGCAAAUGAUUGACAGUAAUCUUCUUUCUGCCCUGUUCUCUACUAUUUCUCAAGAAAUUCUUCCCUACAUCAUCACUUCGAAGACCACUCACGAGGCCUGGACCGUUCUUGAAAGAAGGCUUCAACCGUCGAGCCGUUCGCGCGUUAUUCAGCUUAAAAACGAAUUGUAUCAUAUUCGUAUGAAGGACCAAUCCAUUCGGCAGUAUCUGACCAAGAUUAAAUCCUUGGUUGAUAAUAUUUCCGCCUCUGGCUCCAAAUUGACCCGGAGGACAUCAUCUUGCACAUCUUGA